GCUUGCAGCAGUGCAGCGCAAUGCCAGCAUGCAGGCAGUGGCCGCCGAGGAAACUCGAGCACACUUGCCCCUUCUACUGCACACCAAGGUUGGUUUUACGUUUAUUUUAUAACAAUGAUAGUCCCGGAAUCGAGGGGUAUAAUGACAGAGCAACAUCUUGCGCAAGUGAAAUCCACACAGAUUGCAGUACAUGAAAACAACUAUUGGCGAAGCAGCGAGGCGAAGUUGCACGCUGACCAACAUGGUAACCUCUUCGUGCCAGGGGAUGUCCUGCUAUACAGGGAUGCCCCCUUUUAUUGCGGCACUAGGCGAGAGGAGCACUGUCAGCCGUUGCAUUGCAACUUCGAGCCGAAUGCAGGCAUGACCUCCCACUGGGAUAUGUACAAAAGUUCAAGGGAGCACAAAGCCAACUAUUUGACAGCCAGGGAUAAUGUUACCCUGCACCAACGGACCCUACUGCCGAGGAGGUCACUAUCCACUAAUGCGGGAGAGCUUGUGCCCGAGCUCUUCAAGUGUGUUCCUUGCCUCUGGGAUCUUAUUGUGAACACUCUUCGGGUUCUUACCGUUUAUGCUACUGAGCUUUGUCCACGGUCUAUAUAUCAAAGUGAUGGAAGUAACCUAAGCUUCUCAUGUACUCCCAAUUGUUUAGUGACAAGAACUACUGGAGUAUAUAUGUAGACCUUACACAUGGAGAAGCAAUGUGUUUUUCUCUGAACUUAUACCGCUACUUCACUAUGCGUAAUAUAUUUCGAUGCAUUUUAUAGGUCUGCUUGUUUUUGGACAAUUUAUCAUCGAUCCUUAUAGAUGCAUAAUAGUAUUU